CUGCAUUUUCUGUUUGAUUUGUUUAUACUGAAAUUUAUUUGUGCCAGGAUUUUGGUUAUGUGCAAACAACAUCCACUGAGGUUUUGAAGUCUUACAUUUUCAAUGAGCCAAUAGUGAUUGAUGCUGCACGGAUGCCUCCCCUUGGUCCCGCUUCCAUUUUUAUGCAAGGGACCAAACGAAUGCCAGGUACGGCUAUUACAAAGUCCGUGGUUGCUAAUGAACCUGGUGGUAGGAAGAGGGAUGAGAUAUUUGUUGAUGUAAUUGAGAAAAUAAGUGUUACAUUCAAUUCUAGUGGAUUUAUACUUACUAGUGAGAUAGAUGGAACCAUACAAAUGAAGAGUUAUCUUUCUGGUAACCCAGAGAUUCGACUUGCUCUCAACGAGGACCUGAGUAUAGGGACAAGUGAUUAUAGAGGUUCAGGUGCUGUGAUUUUAGAUGAUUGUAACUUCCAUGAGUCUGUACACCUUGAUAAUUUUGAAGUUGAUAGAACUUUGUCAUUGGUACCACCAGAUGGUGAGUUUCCAGUCAUGAAUUAUCGUAUGACUCAACCUUUUAAACCACCAUUUCGUAUUACUGCAUUGAUUGAAGAAACAGGACCCCUGAAGGCUGAAGUGACUAUUAAAGUGCGAGCUGAGUUCAACUCAAGUAUCAAUGCUAGCACUGUUCUUGUACAGAUGCCCCUGCCAUCAUUGACAGCUCGUGUUAAUUUUGAGUUAGAACCUGGAGCAGUUGGACACACCACUGAUUUUAAGGAAACAAAUAGAAGACUAGAAUGGGGCUUGAAAAAGGUUGUUGGUGGAUCUGAACAUACUUUGCGUGCAAAGCUGACGUUUUCGCAGGAAUUACAUGGAAAUAUCAUGAAAGAAGCAGGACCUGUUAGCAUGACUUUCACCAUACCAAUGUACAAUGCUUCAAGGCUUCAGGUUAAGUAUUUGCAAAUAGCGAAGAAAUCAAAAGCGCAUAAUCCUUAUCGCUGGGUUAGAUAUGUAACAGAAGCAAACUCAUACGUUGCCCGGUUGUAAUUGGAAUCUCUGCAAAUCCAAAGUCCGAGUUAAAUUUGGGGGUAUGGCUGCAUAAGACUGUACGAGUCGAAGAUGAUUUACACGAGAUAAUGAAUUACCAGAUGGAACUUGAGUUGAUUACUGGAUAAAUAAAAAUGUACAAGACAAAUUACUAGGAAGGCUGUGAUAGUAAAACUGUGUAACGUUGAGGACAGACCGGUAAAAACUCAAACUUUUUAAAGACUUUAUGUAAUCUCAUUAGUGUUAUGAUGUGGUGAGGCUCCUAAGUCAUGGGGUGGACUAGAGAUAUCGGUUGGAAUGUAUAUGCGCCAUUGAACCUGAGCUGGUUUUGACGAGAAUACGAUUCCGAGCUUUAAGAAACAGUCAAAAAGGAAAAAAGUGAGAUGAAACCGGAAAGUCGUAGGCAGCAUUUAAGGUACCACACACAAAGAGUAAGUGCAAUAGCAAUAUACUUUUUGUUGGGUCGAUGUUCCUUUCUCCUAAAGCAUAUUGAAAAUCACACGAUUCAGUUUCAAAUGCCUUAGAUUUAUAGGAGUGUAUGAUCAAAUCAAGCUCUUACUGCUGGACAGGGCUCAUG